UUUGGCACAGGAUGAAGACCAGCUCAGCUCUUCGGCUGUUGAUCUUUGUCUAUUGUUCUCCAAACAGUAAACCACUAUUUCCACACCGACAGAUUGUAGGCUGCAGUUCUGUCCGAGUCCUGGGCUCCUCAUGAGUAUGAACUAGAAGGGCUCUGACCCAGAAAGUGGUUCUGAACAGGGUAAAAUGGGGUCUCGGAAAUGUGGAAGCUGCCUGAGUAGUCUGCUGAUUCCUCUUGCACUUUGGAGUAUAAUUGUGAACAUACUACUGUAUUUCCCCAAUGGGCAAGCUUUCUAUGCAUCCAGCAAUAAACUCACCAACUACGUCUGGUAUUUUGAAGGAAUCUCUUUCUCAGGUAUCAUGAUGCUUAUAGUAGCAGCAGUUCUUCUUGUACUGGAGAAUGAUAACAGCCAUAAAUGUUUCCAGAGUGAAAACUGCAGCAAAAAAUACAUGACACUGCUGUCGAUGAUCUUUUCUGCCCUUGGAAUUGCUUCCUCUGGAUACUGCCUGGUCAUAUCUGCUUUUGGCCUUCUUCAGGGCCCUUACUGCCGUACCUUUGAUGGCUGGAGUUACGCCUUUGAAGGCACUGCAGGACGUUUCCUUACAGAUUCCAGCUUAUGGAUUCAGUGCUUGGAACCAGCUCAUGUAGUGGAGUGGAACAUCAUCUUAUUUUCUAUUCUCAUAGCUCUCAGUGGGCUUCAAGUGAUUGUCUGCCUCAUCAGAGUAGUCAUUCAGUUGUCCAGGAUACUGUGUGGAAACUAUUCAGUCAUCAUCCAGCCUGGAAUCAUUUGAAUAAUGACAAGAAUGUUUUUCUUUAUCAAGAUAUGGCCAUCUACCUAUGUCUACUGAAUGGACUUGAAGGUCAUAUUCAAAUGAUGGGCUUUUUCUCCAGCUGGUGUUUCUUGUCCUCACAGCAAUGCGGUCCCUUCAUUUUUCUGAGCUCUGUGUGUCAGGAUCUUCAGAAAUGUUCAUACCCUUUGAUGAAAUAAAUCCAAUUUCAAUAACCUAUACUAUGAAAAUAAAUAAGAAUACAAGAUAAAACUUUAUGCAAGUACAUAUAUUUGAACAUUAUUUAAUAUUCUGGAAAAUUAGAAAUAACCCAAAAGUCUCACUUUAGGGGAAGGAUUAAAUAAAUCAUGGUACGUUAGUUGUAA